UGGCAGCCAGUCGGGUUUUCAAUAAGGAAACUGCAGAGAUCUGGAUUACUUUUACUGACAGAAGCUUGGACAAAGUUUAAGCAGGCAUGAGCGUAGAGAGCAGGCACCGUAGUGGGAGGAGUGGAGACUAAUGCCAGUUUCUGUGAAGCUAGUCUGCUUUAUCAGGAUGGGUUGCACUUGCAGUGGACAGAAACAGCUGAAAGAUUCUCAAACGUUCUACAAAGGGACCCCCAACUUACCUAAUAGCACAGCACAGAGUGGCCACACUCGUUCAGAUAAUGAUGACAGUGUGGUGGUUGCACAGUAUGACUUCAAGCCGAUCAAUGACAGCGAUCUAGCAUUCAAAAAGGGAGAGAGACUUAAGGUUUUGCAGGAAAAUGGGGAGUGGUGGCUGGCUAGAUCCUUGAUGACGGGAGAUGAGGGCUUCAUACCUUGUACUUAUGUGGCCAGAGCAGACACACUAGAAGUAGAAAAGUGGUUUUUCAAGAACAUAAGCAGGAGAGAGUGUGAACGAAUGCUUUUGGCCCCGGGGAAUAAACCAGGUGCUUUUCUGGUACGGGAGAGUGAGACCACCAAAGGGGCCUUCUCAUUGUCAAUCAGAGACUCUGUAAGAGAGUCAGAGCAGGGAGAUGUGGUCAAACACUACAAGAUACGCUGCCUGGACAACGGUGGCUACUACAUCUCCCCUUCCAGCACAUUCUCCUCCCUGCAGGAGCUGGUUAAAUACUACACCCGAACAGCAGAUGGUUUGUGUCAGCGGCUGAACGCCCCUUGUAAGUCCAUGUCUCCCCAGUGUCCAUGGGCACAGGAUGAAUGGGAAAUUCCUCGGGAGACGCUGAAAAUGGUGAAGAAACUGGGGGCUGGGCAGUUUGGAGAAGUGUGGAUGGGUUACUAUAAGAACAGGCAGAAGGUUGCUAUCAAGACCUUGAAAGAGGGCACCAUGGAGCCUGAGGCGUUUCUCCAGGAGGCCAACCUGAUGAAGCAGCUGCAGCAUGACAGACUGGUGCGCCUGCACGCGGUGGUCACCAAGGAGCCCAUCCUCAUCGUCACUGAGUUCAUGUGCAAUGGAAGCCUUCUGGACUUUCUGAAGACUGAUGAGGGCAAGAAACUGAAGCUAGCCAAGCUGAUAGACAUGUCGGCGCAGAUAGCUGAGGGCAUGGCUUACAUUGAGAAGAAGAACUACAUCCACCGAGACCUACGUGCAGCCAACAUACUGGUCAGUGAGACGCUGCACUGCAAGAUAGCAGACUUUGGCCUGGCCAGGAUCAUAGAGUCAGAGUACACGGCCCAAGAAGGAGCUAAGUUCCCCAUCAAAUGGACCGCUCCAGAGGCAAUCAAUUUUGGCACUUUCAGCAUCAAGUCUGACGUCUGGUCCUUUGGGGUCCUCCUGACAGAAAUAGUCACCUACGGAAGAACACCUUACCCAGGGAUGACGAACCCAGAGGUGAUCAGAAGCCUGGACAGGUCGUACAGGAUGUCCUGCCCCAAUAACUGUCCUGAGGAGCUCUAUGACCUCAUGAUGUCCUGCUGGAAGGAGAAGCCUGAGGAGAGGCCCACGUUUGAGUAUUUGCAGGCGACUCUCAAUGACUUCUUCAUUGCCACUGAGGGACAAUAUGAGAUGCAGCCUUAAUUUUUAAAAUAAAUAUUUGCCCUUGAACCCCAGUGGGAAAAUCAUGUCAUAAAAGCAGAUGAAACCUGCAUGGAUAUAGAGCAUCAAUAUGGAUGACAUGAUUUUUUAACAGGUUUUCAGCCAGUGUCAAAAGGAAAGCCUUGGAACUUUUAUGGAACUGAACUUUAUCUUAAGAUCCUGACUUUUGCAUUGGAUGGGCUCCCUUGUUGACGGUCAACUGAUAUCAAGAGAAUGAAGGAGACAGAAUGAAAAGUGAUUACCAGUGGAUAAACAGAAAUAUGGAUGUACAAGUACUUGCAUGUGUAGAUCAUGCAAACAAACAUUUGGACCUGAUGAAGUCAGCAAAGGUACAGUUGUAUAGACUUUUGCAUGGUACAGAAAUGACAAACCUGAG